UCUGUAAAAUCUCAUCAGUUAUUAUUAUAUAAACAGGACGGGAGCAAACAUUGAACAUCUAGGACAAGAUCAAUCAUCACAGAUGUCAUCCAAAUAAAAUAUUUAUUCUUUUUGGAAUUAAUUAAUUGCAUUCUCGGCGUCGUGAAUGUGUUGAACAUAGACUGUUUGAGGAAGAUCCUAUAAAUAAUCGUCUCGCCGCCAUCAUUUUACCCUGUCUAUCUGCGGAUCUGAGCUGAAAGGUUUCAAAAUGUCCGAUUUGUUAACAUUGGUUUUCCUCGCGCUCUUAAUUGCUGGCAGUAGUGCAGCACAUUCGACAGACCCAAAGGAUUAUUGCUCCCCGUACAAAUUCACGGUCACACAAGUUGGUAUCGAAGCGACCCUAAAAGAUGGGAUCGCUCUUGGAGGGAGGCAUCGUAUCUUCUCUGUCCAGGACUAUCUUAAUCAGAGAUUCUACUUCAACUACACACUAACAACCGUUAAUGCAAAUGCCCGUGUAAUUCGGACCGUCGCGUAUGAGUUGAUCAUCGACCAACCUACAAAUGCACGAUACGAGAUAAGAAAUGGAGUUUGCAAGCACACGACCAUCCCAGACGCCGUUUCUUCGCAUCUGACAAGAUGUUUGAGUGAUAAAAUGAAACACCAAGGUUCGUCGUUCAUCGGCGGGUUCAAAUCAUCGGACAAAGCUCUCCGCUUUGAAACCUUUAGCAUGAACCUCGAGAUGGCCGACGACAGCCACGGUAACACCGGUGGUAUUGGUGGUCUGACCGGACAUCUAUGGUCGACCUAUGUUGCGAACCCGGACGAUCCUGGGACUUAUCUUCAAGUCAAAGAAGAGAUGAUUGGAACGGUAAAUGUUCCGUCUGUGACAUCGGACACGUCGAGUACUGUUUCAUCCAUGUUCAGUUCUGACUUCGUAGACUACCAGGACGAGGUCGAUGAAGCAUGGUUUCAAGUUCCUGAAAACUGUCGUCAGCUUGCUGGUGGCAAGCGCAAGAGACGAUCUCCUCGCGCUCCGAUCUCUUCCGAACAUUUCCGACUGGCUCACUAUGCAGCCGCCAUGUUUGCCCACGAACCCUAAGAUCGCUUAAUGCCUCAAGAUGAAGGGGGAGAAAGAGAACUUACGAUCGAGUAGAAACACUUUCAUCAAUUUAAUAUGUUUUAUCUUUCAACUUAUACAUGUGUAUUAGGAAAUACAUCCAAUGAAUUAUCUGUAUGGAUUUAUUUACCAUUAUAAAAGUAGUUGUGUAGGUCAUAGUCAGUAUUGACGCUUUCUAAUCAGAAUGAUACAACAUUAUUCAUGUUUUAAGAAUACUGACAUCAUUUUUGUAAAUUGUGACCCUGUUUAGGUAAUUCAAAAGAAGAAGGGUCGACUUGAUUGGUGUCAUUUUUUAUUAGCAGUUUCUUGUUUAUUUCAAGAACGCGAUUUCUUUAACAUCGGGUGAAUCGGUAUAAAACCCAUUAUAAAAAUUACCAAAUAAUCAUUUUGUACAUAGUAUGGGAAAGACCCAUUCUUAUCAAUUUUUUAUAUCUUAUUUGGCACUCAGUGCAGUUAUUUAGUUAUGAACUCUAUAUUUUCCUCUGUUGCAGAUCAUUAACUUUUCCUAGUGAUCAAAGGGGGGUACGUGACCCCCCCCCCGCGGCACGUAUUUGCUUUAAUACUUUUACACACAUUUAAUUUGAGAUGUGUGACAUCCACCGACCCCCC